AUGCAUCAAAGAAUCCACACAGGAGAGAAGCAAUAUAAAUGCAUGGAAUGUAGAAAAGAGAAGAAAAGAUAUAAAUGCUUGGAAUAUGGAAAGAGAUACAGUCCAGAGUGGACUGUACAUCAAAGAAUUUACACAGGAGUGACACCUUACAAAUGCUUCGAGUGUAAAAAGAGUUUCAGGGCCAGUGGAAACCUCACUUCCCACCAGAGAAUCCAUGCUGGGGAGAAACCAUACCAGUGCACUAUAUGUGGGAAAUGCUUCAGUCAGAGACUGCACCUUGAUUCUCACCAAAUAACCCAUUCUGGAGAGAAGCCAUAUAAAUGCCAAGAAUGUGGGAAAAGCUUCAGUCAGAGCUCACACCUGACUGUACACCAAAGGCUCCACACAGGAGAAAAACCAUAUAAAUGCCUGGAGUGUGGGGAAAGCUUCAAUGCCAGAAGAAGCCUAAUUUCUCAUCAAAGAAUCCACAUAGGGGAGAAGCCAUAUAAAUGCUUGGAGUGUGGAAAGAGCUUCCGCUGGAGUGCCAGUCUCACUUCCCACCAGAGAAUCCAUACAAGGGAGAAACCAUAUAAAUGCCAGGAGUGUGGACAGACUUUCAGUUGGACCUCGGCCCUCACUUUACAUCAGAGAAUGCACUCUGGAGAGAAAUCAUAUUAGUGUGCAGUGUGUGGAAAAUGCUUCAGACAGAGACCACACCUUACUUCCCAUCAAAGAACCCAUUCUGGAGAGAA